UCACCGAACCGAGGGGCAAAUCGGGAAAAUAAAGCUCCUUUUCUAUUUAUUCAAAAUAUUAUAAACAAAUUAAAAUCAACAAAACAAAUCAAAAUCGCAGAGAGAAGAACAAAACCUAAAAUCAAACCUCAGAUUUGUGCAGUUUCUAUUUGAGAAUUACUGUUUUGGCCUUGAGGAGGUGCUGGAGCGAAUCACAUCACCUCUUCAAGAACCCUAACUUUUUUAAUUUGAGUGUAAUAAACCUAAAUCAAAUGGCGUCUGAAAAUUUCACUGACAAAAAUGUCGUGUUUAGAAAGCUUAAAGCCAAAUCCGAAAAUAAGAUGUGCUUUGAUUGUAAUGCGAAGAAUCCAACUUGGGCGUCUGUGACUUACGGGAUUUUCCUCUGUAUCGAUUGCUCCGCUGCUCAUCGGAGUCUCGGUGUACACGUCAGCUUCGUCAGGUCAACAAAUUUAGAUUCUUGGAGUCCUGAGCAGCUGAGAAUGAUGAGCUUUGGAGGAAACAACCGUGCACAGGUUUUCUUCAAGCAGCAUGGGUGGAAUGAUGGAGGGAAAAUUGAGGCCAAGUAUACAUCUAGAGCUGCUGAAUUGUAUAAGCAAAUUCUAACAAAAGAAGUUGCCAAAAGUGUGGCAGAAGAUGCAGGCUUGUCAUCAUCCCUCGGUUCUUCUCAAUCUGCCCAACCAUCUAAUGGGCUUCCUGAUAUUCAGAGCAAUGAGUCUCCUAAAGAAAGUUCAGUACCUGAUGUUGCUCCUUCCUUCAAAGCUUAUCAUCCGGUCACGACCAGUACGGUCAAGAAACCUCUUGGUGCAAAGAGAACUGGGAAGACCGGAGGCCUUGGUGCUAGAAAGCUUACUUCAAAGCCCAGUGAAAAUCUUUACGAUCAGAAACCAGAAGAAGCACCUCUUCCUGUUCCUUCUUCAACUAAUAACAACACACCAAAAGCUGGCACAUCGUUUACAUCUCGUUUUGAAUAUAUGGAUAAUGUCCCAUCUGCCGAGCCAACUGCAGGGGGUCCACAAAUGCUUAGCCAUGUUUCUCCUCCAAAGUCAUCAAGUUUCUUUGCAGAUUUUGGGAUGGAUAGUGGCUUCCAGAAGAAAUCAAGUGCAAACUCUUCAAAAGUACAAAUUCAGGAGACAGAUGAAGCAAGAAAGAAGUUCACAAAUGCAAAAUCAAUUUCAUCAGCUCAAUUCUUUGGCGAUCAGAGCAAAGCCACUGACAUGGAUACUCAAGCUUCCUUGCGGAAAUUUUCUGAUUCAACGGCCAUAUCCAGUGCUGAUCUUUUCGGUGACGAGGGUGAUCACUCUAUUGAUCUCGCUGCAAGUGACCUUAUCAACCGGAUAUCUUUCCAGGCACAACAAGAUAUUUCUUCCCUGAAGAAUAUUGCAGGAGAGACCGGGAAGAAAUUGAGCUCACUGGCAUCAACUUUGAUGACUGAUCUACAGGAUCGGAUCCUGUAAAACUAAUGUGUACUAAGCUCAUAAGCAUCUAAGGUGGAUGUUUUUAAAUUACCAGCCAAUAUUUGUGUAGUGGAAUGUAAAAUGCGUCCAUUUUUAGAAUUUGUUUUUCAGAAAAAUAAAAUUUUAAAGACUUUUAA